AUGAACGGUUUGGAUAAUUUGCGACAAGAGGCUGAAUUUCUUAAAAAUGCAAUUCGAGACGCAAGAAAAGCUGCUUGUGAUACCACAUUGGCACAAGCAACUACCAAUAUGGAACCUGUUGGAAGAUUGCAGAUGAGAACUCGUCGAACCCUAAGAGGUCACUUAGCUAAAAUAUAUGCAAUGCACUGGGGCUGUGAUUCAAAUGGUGAGUCUAGAAAUUUAGUAUCUGCUUCUCAAGAUGGAAAACUCAUAGUAUGGGACAGUUAUACUACGAAUAAAAUACACGCCAUACCUUUAAGGUCAAGUUGGGUAAUGACUUGCGCUUAUGCGCCAAGUGGAUCUUUUGUCGCCUGUGGCGGUUUAGACAAUAUAUGUUCUAUUUAUAGUUUAAAAACCCGCGAAGUUACUAGUUCUGGUGACAUGACAUGCGCUUUAUGGGAUAUUGAAACUGGUCAACAGUGUGCAUCUUUUGUCGGACACUCGGGAGACGUAAUGAGUUUAUCACUUUCUCCAGACAUGAGAAUGUUUAUAUCAGGUGCAUGCGACGCAUCGUCCAAACUUUGGGACAUACGUGAAGGAUCGUGUAAACAAACGUUUCCCGGCCACGAAUCUGAUAUAAACGCCGUGACAUUCUUCCCAAAUGGUCAAGCAUUCGCCACUGGAUCAGACGAUGCUUCGUGCAGGCUCUUUGAUAUUCGAGCCGAUCAAGAACUUGCCAUGUAUUCCCGAGAUAACAUAAUUUGUGGUAUAACAUCUGUUGCUUUCAGCAAAUCCGGCCGACUUCUUUUAGCGGGUUACGACGAUUUCAACUGCAAUAUUUGGGAUUCUAUUAAAGCAGAAAGAAUAGGAAUCCUUGCUGGACACGACAACCGUGUGAGUUGUUUAGGAGUCACUGAUGAUGGUAUGGCUGUUGCUACAGGAUCCUGGGAUUCUUUUCUACGAAUUUGGAAUUAA